AUGCCCUUCUUUCUCGAAGACUUAGAAGGCUUCCUCGAAGACAACGCCCCCCUCGAAGAACUUAGAUCGCCCAUCGAAGACUUAGAACGCCCCGCUCGCAGACUUAGAACGUCCCUCGAAGACCUUAGAACGCCCCCUUCGAAGGACAAACUUAAAACGCCCCCCUGCGACUUAGAACGCCCCCUCGAACCUUUAGAAGCCCCCUCGA